AGGAUCGUUUACUACAGCGCAAAUCGUGCGGUCUGCUCCCAGGCUGCUGCUCCCCGCUUUACAUAGCCUGCAGGUUAGGUAGCACAGGCCUGUCUGUCUCCCAGGCCACACGCAGACCACUCCGAGUCCAUAAAGUUAACCUUAUAGUUCCGCUCAUCAUCGACGUCCUCUGGUUGAUCUGCAGGCGCGGACAGGCACCAUGGCUUCUCCGAAAGCAACUUCACAUCCCCAAACUUCGUUUUCACCAAAACGGAAGACAAAGAAGAAACACUUUGUUCAUCAGAAAGUGGAGGUGUUCCGAGCGAGUGACCCCGUUCUGAGCGUGCUGAUGUGGGGAGUCAAUCACACGAUCAACGACCUGGCCCAGGUCCCCGUGCCGGUGAUGCUGCUGCCAGACGACUUCAAAGCCAACACCAAGAUGAAAGUGACCAACCACCUCUUCAACAAAGAGAACCUUCCAGGACAGUUUAAGUUCAAGGAGUACUGUCCGCAGGUGUUCAGGAACCUCCGGGAACGCUUCGGGAUAGAUGAUCUGGACUACCAGGUGUCUCUGGCGGGCAGCCCUCCGGUGAAGGAUGGCGAGGGCCAUGGAGAGAGGCUGCUGCUGACGUCAUGCGACGGGACUCUGGUGGUGAAGAAGAUCGCGAGUGAAGAAGUAGCAGACAUGCAUAAUAUUCUCUCUGAGUACCAUCAACACAUCGUCACCUGCCACGGCAACACCAUGCUGCCCCAGUUCCUGGCCAUGUACCGCGUGAGCGUGGAGAGCGAGGACGCCUACCUUCUGGUCAUGAGGAACGUGUUCAGCUACCGGCUGCACGUCCACCGGAAGUAUGACCUCAAGGGGUCUCUGGUGUCCCGGGAGGCCAGCUUCAAGGAGAAGGGGAAAGAGUUGCCGACGUACAAAGACGUGGACUUCAGGAACAACCUGCAGAAGGUGUAUGUGAGCUCCGAGGAGAAGGAGAAGGUCCUGGACAAGCUGCACCGGGACGUGGAGUUCCUGGUGCAGAUGCGCAUCAUGGACUACAGCCUCCUGCUGGGCAUCCAUGACGUCGAGCGGGCCGAGAAGGAGGAGGAGGGAGAGGAGGGGGAGGAGGGAGAGGAGGGCUCCGCCGAGGAGGAAGAGGAGCAGGAGGAAGAGGAGGAGGAGGAGGAGAACGGCCUGGCUCCCGGCCCCGCCCCGGAGGGCCUGGCGGGCUACAGGGGGGCCUUCAAGCCGCUGGGCCCCGGGGAGCACGACCCCUACGUUGACGUCUACGCCAUCCAGAGCGCCGAAGGGGCCCCACGGAGGGAGGUGUACUUCAUGGGGCUCAUCGACGUGCUGACGCAGUACGACACCAGGAAGAAGGCCGCGCACGCUGCCAAGACUGUCAAACACGGGGCGGGUGCAGAGAUUUCCACGGUUCACCCAGAGCAGUACGCCAAGCGCUUCAGAGAGUUCAUCUGCAACAUCUUUGCCUAGGUCCAAUGUCUGAGGUCUGGGUUCUGUUCACUGUACCGUUGAUGCGGCACUGGAAAGACAAGUCCACCUUCCCCUUAACGCGAUCCUCUUAAAUCGCCAUCUUAUGGACGGCUAUUAGACGAUCUCCCUCAGGUGAAGAACCAGACGACGGUACUGGACUCCCACUCCCAACGCAUAUCGGCACGCCGUGUAAUUGAAUGGCGAUGCCUCGCCAUUUAAUCCACGAGACUUCAUACGUGCACUGUAAGCCCCUGGCGAUUCCUUCUGUAGUCAUGACUACUUUCAUUUCAAAGAGCCGUACCCAGGAAGCGGCUAAACGGACUUCACUUACACUUUCAAUUUGCCAUUGAUUUAAACGUCAAAGGGGAGGCCGAUAUUGUCCGCCGACACGCCAAAUCAGCACUCGGCUCUCCGCUUCCUCCGGUGUGAUUGCCGACCAUAAAUUAAGCCCCCGCCAGUGAUGUGUGGGUACAUUUGCAAACCGUAACAAAACAGCCGUGAAACACGAAAGCUCAGAUCUCCUAAGUGGGGCUCUGAGGGAACAGCGGUGAUGGACGACCCAGAGCCGCCGGCCCGCGGGCUAAUGGGCCGUCCGCACAGACAGGCGCGACUCCUCCUCAUGAAGAUGCAACCGGUCCGAUCCGGUCUCGCCCUGUUGGUCACUAAUGGAUUCACGUGUCCGCGUCAAUCUGCCCUUGGUUUAGUGUCCAGGGAGAAUCCUCCAUCAUAGAACUGAUGCUGUUAUUUCCUCACACAAUCCAAGUCUGACAAACUAGAUCUGUUACAGUCUGCCUGUAAGCUGAGGGGGAACAUAGACUCCUUAGAUCUCUAAUGUUUCCAUAGUGGCCCCAAGGCCAUAGCCAGGGUUUCAAAAAUAGUGGGGUGCGGCUAACGUUGUGGGGGUUGUUUUGUUGAGGGGGGGGGGUUGUAUUCGGCUUGCGCACGCACCACUUAAUAUCACACACGGAAAAAUCUAAGAAAGAACUGUCAACUGAAUUAAGCAUUUACUCAUCUCGGAGAAGUUCGCAACCGUUGAUUUUGUAUACGGUUGUAUUUAGGUUCUAAUUGGCCACGGUCCAGACCUCGAUGACCUCAUAGCUUGCUGCGGGCAUGAAUGUACCUGACGUCCGGUAAAGACCCCAUUAACGAAACAACAAAAGAUAUAGAAACAAUGCUGCACUUUAAAGAGCAGCAUAACGCAAGGAAGAGAGAAAUGCAAAGUGACUCCAUGGUGUGACAGCUGUUCUGAAGUCACAGCGCGUGUUGCUUUAACUGUCAGGUGCUUCAGAACUAGAGCAUCUUAAAGGUCCCAUAUUAUACCACCAGGUGAGGGUGAUCAGCCGUUACAAGCCGUUAUGAAAAUCUGCCUCCGCCUGUGUUUUAGUGACAUCAGAAAUGGGCGUGUCCACCUAGAUGUGUGCUGGAUAGAUCAUUCUACCAGCCUGCUCAGUGGACUGUAGCGAACGUUGCUCAUCUAUCCGUCAUACAUCUAGGUGGACACGCCCACUUGAGAUGUCAGAAGACGCCGAUUUUCAAAACAGCCCUGUAACAGCCCGGCUCAUCACACUCACACCUGGUGGUGUAAUAUGGGACCUUUAGGAGAUUGGGUUGUGCGUUCAGCGUGUUCGGCCCGGUUUACUCCUCACCGCCACAGGUUCUGCUUGUUUCCCCGAGCGUGUAAUUAAGAGCUUUGUCCGCCACAAAGCCUUCGGAGCAGAGUUUGUACUGCUAAUUACGUCUUUGUAGAAGAACAAAUCUCUGGUCGAGAUGGCAGACUGGCUGGCUGACUCACAGACCUACCCACACAUCAACACACACACACACACAUCAACACACACACACACACACACACACACACACUAUUUAAAGUGAAAUAUCUGCAAAUCAACCCAGACCGGACGGUGUUUGGAUAGUAGCCUAGAUUUAUUAAUAGCCAAAGCUCCAUGAUUCACUGCAUGGGUAAAAAAAUACAAAUGGAGAAAAGAUGCUUACAUCACACACACAUGUACAAUCAGUGGAGGGAUUUAAGAUUGAAAUACAAAAUACAUACUGCUAAGAGUGUUUUUAUAUCCCAGGUAUUUAUAUCUUCUGACGGACAGUUAGCAGAACACUACACACGUUCUGUUUCUUCUCCGGGUCAGCCUCUAGAGAGGAGCGCGAUUGGCUGUUUGAGGAGCAGGCUGGUGGAUUUUAACAUCUGGAGUCGAAGCCUCUUUCAAGCAGAAAUCAAAACAUUCGAGUUUUUUCUCGGCUCUAACUUUCUUGUGUAAUACAUUCAGUCGAAACAAAGGCAUCAGAUCUGUUUGUUUGCGUUGCAUGUGGACCAGAAUAGAAUAAAUCACUGUAAACCUUGAUGCUUCAUUCAUGUUCGUGAGUUUCAUUCAUGUUCGCCCCCGAUAACUCAAUAACUGCCUUUUGUCACACAAAGCCAACAAACGUAAGAACUUUCAGUCUUUAAAGUGUUUUUGAGAGAAGACAGAUCGCCUAGGCAACAACGAAGAGAAACCCAAAAGCUGUUAAUCUCUAAACGGCGACAGAGACCCAGUACUGUAAUAUAUGUAGGAAUGUACUUUAUAAAUCUGAUAAUAUAAUAAAAACCUUUCAAAUAA